GAACGUGUACAACGCUGGCGUCCAAUUCAAAAUGCUUGUGGUGCACGACGACCGUACUUAAAUAUCCAUGCAGAAUUUCUCCAUACAAUUGUACACAACAAAAGAACACACAGAACACGGACAGUGCAGUGACAGCAAGAAGGUUCAUUAGUCUUGAUGCUUGCCCAAUAAUUCUAGCUUUUUUCUCAGUGUUUGAGACCGAAAGUGGACAGAUAUUGUGUGUAAUUUGUUGUAGAUUCUGCUCAAAGGACUGACAGUAGUUUACUCCAACUCCAAGAUGCCCCUUGCAAUGAGACGAAAGCCCAAGAUGGCUAACAUCCAGCAGAUUCACCACGAUGAGCCCAAGGGACCAGCUCUGCGUCAGAGCAAGCGACGGUCCAGUGGAUCACCAAAGGGACAGCAACCAACAAAGAGGGCAGCCUUUGGUGACAUCACCAAUGCAAAACUCAUCAGAAAAGAAGGCACGAAGAAAGUGAAUAUUGUGUCUUCCAAGAAAUCCACCACGGCACAGCAGGUACCCAAAAUGAAGGAACCGCUGCUGUUGGUAAAACCCAAGACAGACACGGUGACACACCCGGUGACACACCCGGUGACAGACACCCAGCCUGAAGCCCAGGAUGAGAGCCUUGAGAUCAUCUUGUCACAGGGAUCGUCACAGGAUUCGUCACAGGAUUCAUUGCCAAGUUCACAGGAAUCCAGCUCAUCUUCACAUCAAAUGCAGUCAUCCUCAAGCUCAUCUCCAGAGAGUGUGGAUUUGGUGGAGUUAAUGAAUCAACGUAAUGAUGAGAAGACGACGGAGGCAGAUAUCAAAGACGCGGUUGCAGCAAUCACUUUACAAGAAUCACCCGACUACAAUGACAUAGAUGAGGAGAACAAAGGUGAUCCCAACCAGUCACCGAUCUAUGCGCAGGAUAUCUUCAACUACCUCAAAGAACGAGAGCUAAGAACCCCCAUAGAGUCCUACUUUGACCAGCAGCCAGAGGUGAAUCGUCACAUGAGGGCGGUGUUGGUGGACUGGCUGGUGGAGGUCCAGGAGAACUUUGAGCUGAACCAUGAGACAUUGUACCUGGCUGUCAAGCUGGUAGAUCGCUACCUGAUGAAGAAGAAAGUGACAAGAGAUAUCCUUCAGUUGCUGGGGGCAACGUCACUCUUCAUUGCCUGUAAAUACGACGAGCGUUGCCCACCUGCCCUGGAUGACUUCAAGUACAUCUGUGAUGAUGCCUAUGAGAGGCAGCAGUUUAUUGAUACAGAGAUGGUCAUCCUGUCUUUGCUGGACUUUGAUCUAGGCAUUCCGCUAUCCUACCGAUUCCUCAGAAGAUAUGCUAAGUGUGCUCAUGCCUCCAUGGAGACCCUGACUCUAGCUCGCUUCAUCUUGGAGCAAUCGUUGAUGGACGCUCAGUUCCUUGAGACGAGGGACUCAAUGAUAGCAGCGGCUGCACUCUUACUGGCAUUCAAGAUGACCAAGACAGGAGAAUGGGAUGCCACCCUUCAGCACUACUCAGGCUACAAGGAAUCUGAACUGAUGGACCUGACUCGUCAGCUGAACUCCAUGCUGGCCGCUACACCCAACAAGCAGCUCAUGACCAUCAGAAACAAAUACUCACACAAAGUUUUCUAUGAAGUUGCCAAGCUCCCAGCCCUAGAUGUGCUCCAGUUAUAAUGAAGACUUCAAGACUGCAAUCCCUUGAAUUCACCUUGUUUACGUUUGAUGAUUACAUGCGAGGAAACACAAGUCGGACAGGCGGAGCGUGAAGGAACAAAUGCAGAGCUGUGGUGCUUUUCACAAGCUUUGGCAAAGGGGUUUUGUCAGUGAUUUUGUAAAGGAGGAAGCGUCUUCAAUUGUGCUAUCCUUUCAGUGAUGAAUUGGACAUUUGAAAGAGGUGAUCAUUGACAAUUGUGUUUGUAUUUACGUCUUUAAAAUGCAGUUUGAAAUUGAAUCUCACAACAGAAUUUUUUUUUUUAGCAAGCACGUUGAAAACUUUGGUUAAAAUCAUGCCAUAUGUUCAUUGAGGAUGAGCUAAGGGAACAAUGCUUCAAAGAAAUGGAUGGGCAACCUCUAAUACCACAGCAACAGUCAGUUGUCAUUGAUGUACAGCUCAGUGCAAAUGAACCUCUGUAACCCAACACACUUGAUAUUAACUUUAAAAAAAUGAAUGUCACAGACCAAUGUGUUGAAGAAUAUUUGAAACAGUUUUUAAAAAUGCAGAUACAUGUACGUGAACAUGUUUUUUCUAAAACAUGUCUGUUUUUGCCAUGUCAUUUUUUACCAAUUCUUUUAAAUUCACUUUUAUCAUGACUGCAGUUAUCCGCGCUCUCGUGCAAUUAUUUCUUAAUCAGUUUUACACAAAGAGCCUGUCGACUUUUUAAACCUUUUUUGACUUGGUAAAAUUAAUGAUAACACUUUUUUUAUAUGAUGCCAAUUAUGUUCAUCCACUAAAAACAUACACUGUCUCCUUUUUUUGUAUUUUAAAAUCUUAUCAUUGGCAAGAGCAACUCUUUAUUGAUGAACUGGAAUGUUGUACCAUCGGGCUGACAAUUGGUCGUUUUAAGUUCCCUCUAAAUCAUGAUUUUGAACUGCAUAUAUUCUGUGUGUGGUGUUUGUUGUACAGUUUGUAAAUAUGUAUUUUCAGUAGUAACGGAAAAUUGGCUUUGAUGACCUUUGCCAAGUCAGGGAGCAAAAAAGACCAAUGCAGUUGUAAAAAAAUGUUCCUUCUAAAAAAAACCAUGUCAAGUAUUUUGGUGGUGUGAAAUUUGUAUUUCUUAGUUUUCUCUUUUUACAUUUUCGUGUACAUAAACCAGGCACAUUUUUAUACAGGAAAAGUGCAUUUGUUGGGUGUUUCGUCUCUUGUGAAACACCAAUCUCAUUUGUCAACACAGACAUAUUGUCAGUACACUACAACAUAUUUGGAAUGGUAGGAUCCCCAAACUGUCUCGUAAUGCAGACCUGCAUUGCUACCUUGUGGCUUUCAGAUUUUCGCAUUCUAAUGAUCAAAAUUUGUCCAUUAUUUUAAGGGUGCUAAGGUAAUAUCCUCGUCAUUAUAAAUGAGACUAGUUUGGACUCAAGAGACUAGUUUCUGCAGAAAGACUGUGUCAUUUGAAUCAUGUAAACUUUCAUUCAGCAUCACAUCAGUGUCUUCCAAAUAUCUUUGGUUUUUUUAUCUUUCUCAAAUGAAGUGUUUGCAAAAUUCAUUCUCAUUAAUCGCAGUCCAACAUUACAAAAUUAACAUUUAGAAACUGUUGGAUUUAAUCAAAAUACAUGUAUAUAAACAGUCAAGACAGUCCCUACCUAAAAAAAUACCAAUUUGUGAAGAAAAAGGUGAAUCAAUCAACAAUGUCAGUAACAAUUCUCACAAACUUUCCAGUUUCUUGAACCCAGGGAUUAAAAAAAACCAGAAAAUUAAAUCACUUUGGUAUUGGAGAACUUGCUGGAUUUUUUUUGUCUCAAUGUUUCACAUGGAUUUCUGUUGAUAUUUAUGAUUCAGUUAUUUCCAAAUUUUAGGCCUUACGGUAUUACCAUUAAAUAACGGGUUUCAAACUUUAAAUAGAAUUUUAGAAUUUCAAAUGAUUUGAGCACCACUCGUUGUCAGUGUGUGGACAAGUCAUUUGAAACAUUAAAUGGUGCAUUGUCUUAUAAAACUGAAGAGAAAUAAAAUAUGAAUGGUAUAAUGUACAUCUUUAA